AUGACUCACCCUUUGACUGCGUCGCCUUCUGUUGCAGCAGUUCGGAUGGAAAGCCGUCAGGCGCGUCUAGAUGCAGCAAUUGCAUUAUUUCGGUCUGAAGCGUCAGCGUCCGGCUACGUUGUUGAAGAAGUUCGAUUGCGGCUGCCGGUGCCGGACGUUGAUGUUCUGCCGAGGGUGGUGAUAGCACAGCAGAGUGCUUCUUCUACACCCCCACCCCCACCUUUCCCAAGGACAAAACAACAUCGGCCAUUGUACUCGUAUCCUCGCCGUACAUCUUUUCAACGAGAAUAUCCUCCAGUUCAGGAACAAAACCGGCCUUUUGUAAAUCCUACAAAACGUUCAUACGGGAUUCCAGGCCGAGCGAACACAGACCACAAUGGAAAAAUACGACAAGGGGGUGCAAACACGGGAUUCAAAAGGACAGUGUCAGGCUCGGUUAUCUUCCACCCAGUUCCGGCUAAGGCAAAUCCAUCUCCGCAACAUGGGACUGCAAUUACUCAAAAUGCUACCAAUCCGGCACAGAAGAAGGGACCGCUGAGCUCAAUUCCGUAUUUGCCAACAAAAGAUGGCAAGACGUUGCUUCAGCCAAGUGAUCAACAAGACCGACACUAUUGGAAAACCGUAAUUGGAGGAGAAAGGGGAAAGCAGAUUUUGCAAGCUGCGGAAAGUAUGCAACGUCUCCGCCAUGCUAAAACCGGAAAAAUAUAUGAAGAAGCUGAAAAGCCAGUUGCAAUGGACAUCAGUGAAUGUCCUGAGGAGAGAAAGGCUGAUGUAGCUAUGAAGCAGGAGCGAGCCGUCGUGGCCACAAGGGGUUCAGCGCAACCCAGAACGGAAAUAUACAAAACCACAAGAGGAGAGGGCACGCAUCACAUCAACGGGCACGACAUUCCCGAAAGUGAUGUUCAGCUCUUGCUGAGCAGUGCAGUAGACAUCUCCGCUCGAAAGAAACAAGCAGCAACCAACAUCAUCAUCAAAUCUGAACGUGAAUCUAUCCGUGAUCGAAAAUCAAAACCAUCCAAAACGAUUCUCGCGGAGGUGGGCAAACAAAAGAGGGUCAAAUCAACGUCCGUUUCCAAUGGAAAGCAUGGUUCGAGAAGGAGCAACUCUGAUCGAAGAGCAUCUGGAUCAUCGACAGCCAGGCCGUACAAAUGUACGAAAUGCCCGUCAUCGUUUGACCGUGAAGGCCAUCUCAGGGUGCAUAUCCUAGCUGUACAUGAAAAGAAACGGCCUUUUGUGUGCCAAGUGUGUGAUGCUUCCUUUGGGCACAGUUCUUCUUUGCUGCGGCAUGUGAGAACAGUGCAUCAGGCGUCACCUGCCGUAGGAUCCGGCAAGACAUGCAUGUCAUCAAGGAACAAUCUAUACAGUAGUGACUCAGCUACUACUAAGUCUGAAAUUAUAUGUGAUGAUGCUCAAGAUGAUAGCGAAAAGCACUUUCGUUGUAGCGCAUGUAGAAUGGCAUUCAAUAGGGUCGCGUUAUUGAAUCGGCAUGUUGCGGAAAAACACCCGCUGCAGACAUCCUUGUCAGAUACUGAGGAUAAUCUAACUAACCCGACGUGA